AUAUAAAGUAUAGCUGAAGCGAACUUUGUCACAAGUUCUGGUAUAGCCGUAAGUGGUUCUGCAUCGACAAAGUAACAAGAAACCAGAAUGAAGUUAGCAGUUACCUUUCUAGUGGUGAUUCUCGCAGUGACAGGUACAUGUGGAAGCCCCGAGUACCAAAGAGAUGAAGUGGACGAGGAUGACGCAACGACACCAUACUGGAAGAAGCCUGUCGGCUGGAUUUUAGAGCAGUUGGGAAAGUGGCUCCAACGGUCAGCCGAGGCCUCGCCGGCUUUAUAUUCUGCAGAAGACGCGGCCGAUUUCCCUGAAGACGCCACGAUUGAGCACAUCAGAAGGGUUGCACAGCUUCUCAACAAGGUUGCGGAUGCGGUAGAAAAGGGAGAGAAGGUCUACCUCUUCGACUAGGUGCCAUGUUGCACUCUGUCGUUCAAGAGAGAAAAUAAAUGAAUGAUCCGCUUUA